UUUUUAUUUUUUGGCAGAAACCAGGGAUUGAACUCAGAGUUUUAUUAUUAGCAGUAAAUGUUAAUUGUUUUUCUUGAAGAAACAAGUUCACUUUGUUCGUUUUUAAGGAAACAGCUAGCUGAUCCACGGAUUUGAACCGCUGCUCACGUGACUGUUGCAGUGCCGUUUGGCUCUCCCUGAUGACCUUUGACUUGACUCAGAUACAGGAGCCAGGGCCCCGCAGAACUUCAAAACGGCGCGGGGGUCAAGAUCAGUGAAAUACAUAGUAGUUCUGACCACAGCUUCAUUAAGGGCAUUUGUAAAGGAAAUGGCCUUUAAAAAAAAUAGUGAUAAUAACCUGCUCCUGUGUGGGGGUGAAGAGGGGGUGACUACUGGUUUCAUCUGUGGUCACUGCCCCGCUUGGUGCUCAGAUGCCAGGAGUCCUCACUACAACCGCCUCUGGUGUCGCGCACCCCCAGUGUCAUGUUAACACAGAGCAAAGGCAAAUACAGCCCUGUGUCGUUCUAAACAUAGCGCUGACCUCUGAGAAGGCCUUGGGGACUCCGAGGCAGCCUCUAGCCAGAAGCGUGGCGCCACCUCCCAGCACUGCAGCUUUCUUUGGUGCUGCCUUUACUGUCAGCGGCGGGCACUACUCCCGGGUGGGCCACCUCCUCCGGAGCCGGCACGACCCUGGCCGGCAUGCGACCCUGGCCGGCAUGCGGCGUCCACGGGGCGGGGUGCACGCCGCAGCCCUCAGGUUUCCACCCGCGGGCCCCUCCCUUGGACUGCUCUUCCUCCAGUACAGCUUGGGUGUCCUGCCUGAUCCUGGGGGUCCCAGUUUCCGUUGCACUUCUUCCAGUGCUGACUCUUCAGCGGUUUAAAUCCUGCUUUCGGUUUUAUGGUCAGUUCCUUCAUUACUUAUGGACUCAAACGGAUUGUUUUGCAUUGCGUGGUGCCUCAAAAUGAAGAGGUCUUGUACAGGUUGUCUCCUUGUAACGGAAUCAAAACUGAAAGCGAAGUGAAGCAAGUGUGACCCGGGUGACUAGUGUCCUGGCUGCGGCCUGGGCGCGAGCGGAGUGCGCAGUGGUUUCGCGGGCGGUCUCCGGGCUACAGCCGGUGCUGGGUGCUGGGUGCUCGGUGCUCCUUGCAGGGACCUGGGAGCCCCGCCCCGCCCCGCCCUCUAGGGCCGGGCUGUACCACCCACUUUCCUGCGGGGGAGCGCGCGGAGCGGGUCGAGCGGUGGCCGCGACUUCUGCAGGCCGCUGCGGCGGGAUCGCCCCCCUCCCCAACGCCCCGCGGGGCCGAUGGACGCGGGUCCCCAACUGCGCAGCUUGUACAAUGAAGACAGAAACUUGCUUCGAGUUAGAGAGAAGGAAAGACGCAACCAGGAAGCUCACCAAGAGGAAGAGGAGUUUCCUGAAGAGAUGCCCCUCUUUGGAGAGCCCUACAAGACAGCAAAAGGUGAUGAACUAUCUAGCCGAUUACAGAACAUGCUGGGGAACUAUGAAGAAAUGAAGGAAUUCCUGAGCAUUACUUCCUGUUCUCAGUGCCCGGAUGCUACGGACAAUCGGUUGGGGAAGCCAAGAUACCCUUUGCUUCCUGAGCGGGGGAGUGGCAUCCCAUCCAGCCCCUUCCAGACUGGAAUCCACCACCCACCCCUGCACAACACUUUCCCCAGGCCUUUGCCUGUGGACAGCAGCAGCCACCACUCAAAGAUGGUGCAGUCGAGAAAGGGCCCCAUGCCAGGCUCCCGUGCCAAGGGCUGCGGCCCACCAGACACACAGCACCUGACUCAGGACCGCCUUGCGCAGGAGGGCUCCACCUCCAGUCAGCACAAAAGGGGGGACCGCAGAGCCGACAGAGACCCCGGUGCCCCUGGGACGGGUGCUGCUCCAGCCAGUGACCUGUCUCCCUUCCUCUCCUCUCUGCCCUCCCCAGUGCUGCCCCUGUCACCUGUACAUUCCUCCCAGCCGGCUCCCCCCAAGACACAGGGAGGCAGCAAGGUACAGGGCGCUGGCAGCAGUGGUAAAGGCUGCUGCCCAACCAGGUCUCCCAAGGACCCGGUGAUGAAAGCCCAUGACAAGGAAGUCGCCCCGGACAGCAUGACAGCUGUGACCAGCCAUGGGGUCGGUCCCCAACCACCUCCUCAGACAUUUCCACCUCCCCCACUGCCCUCUAAAAGUGGGGCCUUACAGCAGAAGCCCACAGCCUAUGUGCGGCCCAUGGAUGGGCAGGAUCAGGCCCCCAGUGAGUCUCCAGAGCUGAAGCUGCAGAGCUUUGAGAGGGGGGACUCAAAAGCACCUCCAGAGGCCCGGCUCACCAAGCUGAAGAUGCCGCCCCUGCCUGUGGAGCAGACCUACUCCAGUGACAUCCACUGUGUUGAAGAGAUUCUGAAGGAAAUGACCCAUUCCUGGCCACCGCCUCUGACAGCAAUACACACGCCCAGCACAGCGGAGCCCUCCAAAUUUCCUUUCCCUACCAAGGAUUCUCAGCACAUUAGUUCUGCAACCCAAAACCAAAAACAGCAUGACGCGCCUCCAAAAACCCAGCCCAGGUCCCAGCAAGGAACAUCCAUGCUUGAAGAUGACCUUCAACUCAGUGACAGCGAGGACAGUGACAGCGAACAAACCCCAGAGAAGCCUCCUUCCUCAGCUGCACCUCCAAGUGCUGCACCGUUGUCGCUGCCCGAGCCCGUGGCCUCAGCACAUUCCAGCAGUGCAGAGUCGGAGAGCACCAGUGACUCCGAUAGCUCCUCCGACUCGGAGAGUGAGAGCAGCUCAAGUGACAGUGAGGAGAAUGAGCCCCGGGACGCCCCCACUGCAGAGCCUGAGCCUCCACCAACCAACAAAUGGCAGCUGGACAACUGGCUGAGCAAGGUGGGCCAGCCAGCCACAGCGCCCGAAGGCCUCGGCGGCGCCGAGUCUGCGCGCUGCAGGGCUCAGCAGGGUCAGGAUGACAGUGACCUCAGUGCUACCAGAGCCACAGGCCCUACACCUGUAGAACCCAAAGCCCCGCCCCUGAAGAGUUGCAGCAGAGUGCCCCGGGGCCCCGCCGAAGCCCCUCACGCCAGCAGGAGAGGCAGCCACAAAUCCCCAGUGCAGCAGGAGCUGCCACCCCGGCAGACUGUGGGGACCAAGCACCCCAAGAGGCCCACCAAGGCUUCGGCACCAGCCACAGCCACGGACACGAGGGCCAGCUCACAGAGGGACCGGGAGCCAGCCCAUGUCCUCUGCAACCCAAAAGACCCAACCUGCAAAGACAAGCCCAGGGUGAAGACGAAAGGCAGGCCGCGAGCUGGGGGCAACAGGGAACCUGGGCCCACCCCUCCAGCCCCUGGGGAAAAAGAGCAGCCUGUGAGCUGCGCUUCUGUGCCCGCUGAUAGCAGUGCACAGGCCCCAAGCCCUGAGCCCUUCGCGCCCGUCCCUCUGGCGCAGGUUCAGGCCCCUGCCCAGGGCAGCGGCAGGACUAGUGGCUGUCGGCAGGCCAUGGUGAUCCAGGAGGACAGCCACAAGGACACGCCACUGCCCCUGAGGCAUACCAGGGUGCUCUCACCAGUUAGGGACAUGCCUGUCCCCCACAGCCUGGUAGUGAAGAUAGCCCUGAACCUCAUCGCCAGGGUGCCCCAGCUGCCUGGGAAGGGGGGCCGCCCCAAGAAGCCAGAGGAGAAGCUGCCAUCUGCAGGGAAGAGGCAAGAGCUGGAGAAGAGGAGCUCAGACAGCCCUGUCAAGGGGGCCAGGAAGAGGAAGGGGGAAGCAGAGAGAGACUGCGACAGUAAGAAAACCAGACUAGAGAAAGAAGUCAAAUCACAGCCCUCUUUGUCUUCAUCCUCCCACAAAGAAUCUUCUAAAACAAAGACCCGCAAGCCCUCCUCAGAACCCUCAAAAAAGGAAAUGCUCCCCCCUCCACCUGUGUCGUCGUCCUCCACGUCGUCUUCCCAGAAGCCAGCCAAGUACACACAUAAGCGGUCACGGCGAGAAGCAGACCUCUGCCAGGACCCUCCCCAAAGUGCCAGUGCUCCCAAGAGCAGCCAUAGGGACCCCUCCGUUCCCAAGCACAGGAAAGCCCAGGGCAAGGGCUCCGCAGAACACAGGGGAUCUAGUGAUACUGCAAAUCCUUUUCCAGUGCCUUCUUUGCCAAAUGGUACCUCUAAACCAGGGAAGCCUCACGUGAAAGGCAACAAACAGCAAGCUGAUUUUCACAUGAAGGAGGCCAAAAAGUUGAAGUGCAAAGCAGAAUCAAUGACAGACAAGGUGGGAAAGGCCUUCAAGUACUUGGAUGCUCCAGGAGUGACUCAGUCACACCCUGCAACGGUGUUUCCCCACGUUGUGAACAGAAUCGUUCACCUGUGGUGUAGGGUGCAGAAGCUCAGAGUGCCUGUGCACGUGCUGAGCACAGGCGCACCGUCCCCCCUCUCCCCAGUGCCUUCUCCUGCCAGCUCUGCCGGGGCCCCACCAAGUGCUGGGGGCCUGGGGAGCAGCGGGGUGACCGCCACAGUCAGCACCCCUGUCACCAUCCAGAACAUGACCUCUUCCUACGUCACCAUCACAUCCCAUGUCCUUACCGCCUUUGAUCUCUGGGAACAGGCAGAAGCCCUCGCAAAGAAGAGCAAAGAAUUCUUUGCUCAGCUCAGCACAAAAACAUGCACCCUGGCCCUCAACAGCAGUUUGGCAGACCUGGUGCACUAUGCGAGACAGGGCUUUCAGUGGCUGAAACAAGCAACCAAAACACCUUAACAGAUGCCCAAGUUGGCUCAACGCCUUGGGAAUUAUUUUUGCACAUUGGAAGCCUCGGAACCAGUCUGGACAUUUGCCUCAAGGAGCUCUGUGGGAUGAUCCGGGAGCUUGUCUGCUUGCACCUCUGGCGAGCCAUGUGGCCAUCAUGUGGACACUGAGGCUAUGCAGAAGCAGGGACGGGUUCCACCUAGAGAUGGCCCUGCUUUCCCCAGUUGCAAACAGAGGCGCAGCGCCGCCAUCCAGGCACGCAGCUGGUCCGGGUCAUUUCCCUGGGUCCUUGUUUGUUUGUUCUUUACCAGUGGGAUGCAACUCUGUGAGCAAAUCCACAUCAUCUCUGUAGUCACACUAGUCCACUCCCAGAAGGAAAAAAAAAAUUAAUAUGAUUUUUGGUGAAGGGUUUUGUGGUUGAUUUCUUUUUUUUAAGUUUUGGGGAAGAUUUGUUUAGUGAAUUCUAAAGGCCAUCUGAGGGUCACCAUUGUAGCCUUUUCUGUCGGUAGGCAGUGGCUGUGAUAAUACGAAGUAUUGUCAUUCCUUAUAAAAUGCAAGGAAACCCCAUUGCCUGAUGGGCUGCACUCUCACCCCAGCUCAGAGGCCUCUGACUGCGCUGGGAGGUAGUGCAUGGGCCAGCUUCAAAUGCUUGUCCUCUGGGAACUUCACAUUUCUGUCCCCUCCUAGCUUCCAGGACAAGGACUUGGUGACAAGGCAGUCACCCUGGACUAUCUUCUGAAUUUCCUGUCUUGGGGAAGAAGAGUCAACAUGUAUACCCGACUGGGUGGCUAAAGUGCUAAGUGUCAGCACCACUGGAACCAAGGUGCUGGCUGGUGACCUGCAGCGGUGUGGUAGCUUGUGUGUGACCAACUCUUGAGUUUUGUCAGUGAACAGAGGAAAAUGAGAUCUUCUUAAGAGAGGCUAUAUUUUUCUGCUACAAAUUAUUUUAUAUUUAUGGCAAAGCUAAACUUUCUAAGCCUUUGAUUGACUAGAGGACGUUAACUCCCUGAGAGGAAGUGGAGAUUUGGGGGACUGAGUAGACUUUUUAAAAAUCGUCACCACAUGCCUUCACUGCAGCGUUCUCAGUGGCCCAGAUGUGGGGAGCAGAAAAGGAACUGUGGCCUCCCAAGUUCUCGCCAGGCUGUCUGGACCAGACCAGCUCCUUCAGAAUACUGGAAUACAGGACAUCCACAUCAGGGUUCCCACAUGCCCCCCACACAGGUUCUGUUCCUGGAGACUUUGAAGGUUCACAUGGGAAAUACUCUUCUGAGUGCAGUGUUUUUUAAAAAGCCAAUUCUUUUUGACCCCUUUUAGAAAAUAGGAUUUGCUCAUGUAUUACAUUUGAGUGUUAUCUCUAUAAUUAAUUGGUUAAUUUACUCCCCCUUCACCUCAUUCUGAGCCUCUGCACAUUUCCUUCUAAGCAUGUUUCAUCGUUUUGUAUUUAUUUGUGAAGAAGGGAGAGCCACCUUUAUUUAUCAUGAAGAGGUCUUCGGUGCCUGUGUUGAAUGUGCAAGUCUGUUGUGUGGUGCCCGUGUGAAGGGCCAGGUAGAGGGUGGUUUGUUUCACAUAGAGCUGUGCAUGUGACAUUGUCACCUGCCCUGGGUUAAAGCCAUAAAUGUCCAAACAGAAGGCCUUGAUGUGCAAUCCUGAUGAAGCAGCUUCUGUGUGGUUGCUGUAAUGCAAACUUGUGGUCUUUGUAAACUCUUAGCUUAAAAACCUUUUAGGUGAACAGUAAUUGCUCAGCAGGUUGUUUGCGUGGUGUUGUGUAUGUCUUGUGUGGCGGGGACACAGUGCCCAGAUUCCCCAUCUGCAGUCUGUUACCACUCUUUCGUUGCUCCCUUGGCUGUCCCCUCCCAGAUGAGGACGUCCUCCCUCAGUAAGCUGCCUGUCACUCCCUCAUACAGGGCGGCGCUCUGCAGACAGAGCACAUGCCCUCCCGCAAGCCACCCUGUGCCCUGGCCCAUGGCAUUUCUCAGCAGCUCUCAAAAAACACAUGGCUUUUUUCUUUGGCCUUAUUCCUUAUAGGAUUUUUCUAAGCUGUAUAUUUUUAUUGGUCCUUUAAAAAACUAACAGAUCUGGCUGAGUCAGUCUGUACUGCUUUAGUCACUGUGCGAUUCUGAUUCUUGAUUCCAACUCACUACACCUAAAGGGGAGCGGCUGGGGGUGCUUCACAUCCGUUGGUGUUUUUGCCGUUGCAGCUGUAUAUACAAAUCUGUAUAGGAUUUUUAAACCACUUGCACCUUUUCACUACAUGGUUAUAGUUCCCAGUGGCAGAAUUAUGCUGAGGUAGGGAGUAUGAGACAGUUGCUUUAUACUUAAUUCCUUGAGUGUACGGUAUUAUCAUAACAGUAGUAAUACCCACUUCCUGUUGAGACAGAGAAUAACUUGAGUAAAAGUAGAAUAAGUGUAGCCUUUGCUGUCUUGCCGUGACUGUGUGCGUGUGUGUGCACGCACAGGUGCACACACACAGUAAAAGACAGAAAAUCACUUUUGCUUUAAAAAGUGUUGAAUGAUUCUGCCCUUCUGGAGAUAAUUAAAAUGUGAAUUAGUGAAUUUAACCCUGCUAAAAACAUUGUUGGAGUAUACCACAUUAUACUUGGUUAAGGUGGUGAAAGCGUGGGCCCCUUCGUAGCCAUAUAGAAAAUAGGGGCCGGUGAGCCAGGGUUUGGGGGUUCACUGCAGAUGGCCGAGUGUAAAUGUGACUCCGAUGCUGUGAUUCCAAUAUUAAAUGAGAAAAGCAUCUUUAUUUUGUUUCGUUUUUUAACCAAAAGAAAUUUAUUUUAGAGAUCUGUUUUGGCCAGAAUGUGUAGCUAUUUCCCCCAACAGAUUGGACAUUUACCCUCUUGUUGUGUGUCUGGAUCUCAGGGUGUUCAGAACCUAAGAAAAGCUGCCUCCUCUGGCUGAAGCCUCACCUGAACUCCUCCCUCGCAUCCUGAUGGAGGGCCAGGAGCUUAUGCUCGUGUCCCGUGUGGUAACGCAGAAGUAAGCAGGGGCCACUGUGUCCUCUAAGCCGUUCUCUGCUGUACGCAACAGUAAGGCUGCUUGCACAAGCGUGUGUGCUGUGCCUUAGUUGACCAGACCUGAUUUUGAAAUAAUGCCUUUUCAUGUUUAGCCACAGCUUCAAGGGAUAUUACGAGAGUCUUACAUUUUUUACCCUUCUGCUUUAUAGAGUCUGAAGUAUGAUUGUUCAUCUUAAGGUAAAUGAGUAGGGCUUUUAUAAAUAUAUUCAAAACAUUCCCAUGGCUCCUACCACAUUUCUCUUUCCUAAUGAUUUAUAGUCCCCAGUACAACGAAAUGUUUGAAAAACUUUCACCAUUGCAUCCUUCUGUUACAGCUGUCUGGGUACCCAGGGAAGGGCCUCGCUGAGUCGGGGUGCACCACAGCUGUAGGUCGGCGCCCAAUCACGUGGUGCUGCUUCCCGUGUUGCUGGUGGGCCCAGUCUUCUGUGUUAGGACCCAAGUGGAAAGAAUGGACAUAAGGCUGGGGUUUCCUUCCAGCACGACAGGUGGAGGGUCCACCCUGUGAGCCAGGGACACAGCUGUGCUGCCUUCCUAGUGACUGAGAAUGUGCCCCAUAAAUUGUGAGCAUUGGCCAUUUCCUUAGUUCUCUCUGAUGAAUUGACAAGCGCCAUCAGCCAUUUUUCCUUAGGUAGCUGUAAAUUCCUUGCUGUUCUGGGGGAAUCAUACUAUAUCCUAUGCCCCUGUGCAUUGGACACCAGGUACUACAUCCUGUGGAGCAGAGUCCAUACCUCUGUUCUCCAAGGGCAGAUCAGAGAAGGGCAGGAAGUGCCUGCAUGUGCCUCAACUAGCUGGCGAGGCAGGGGAUCCGGGCCACUGGCAGGUCGCACUUCCUCUUCCUUCACCACUGAAGAAGGUAACUUGCUUGGUGUAAAGUAGAUUUAAGCAGUGCUCAGUGCUGGCAGUAUUAGUUCGCAUAUUGUUCAGGCCAUACUGUGUAUUGUUAAGAAGGCUGCACAUCCUUCCCUCAGAAACCAAACAUACAGUUCACCUUGGGGUGUGUGCAUGCAUGUGUGUGUGUGUGCGCACACGCAUGUGUGUGCGCAGGCGUGUUUCUCUGUGCGCACACGUGCACAUGAAUGCCUGUAACCCAAAUCUUUUUUCCUUUCCUGUGGCCCAAAUCUUUUUGUUUUCCUCUCCUGAAUGUGAUUAUGUUUUUGAUAAUACCUGUGCAGGGUUGCCUUUUUUAUUUAUUAUCAUAUAUAUUAUAUAUGUUUUGCUUUCUUAUACUUUAGAGGAAAGUAAAAUCUUGGUAUUAUUGAAAUGGUUUUUAAAGAAGUAAAUUGUCCAGUUGAUAAAUGAAAGUCCUGGGACAACAUGACGACAAUGAGCUCUCCUGCGUGGCUGUGAACCAGUGGCGCUGUUCCCCCGCAGGCAGCCGGGCUGUGCAGCACAGGUCGGGUGCUGCGUAUUGUACUGCUUCAGCAGCACAGCUUGACUUGGGGCUUCUGUGAGUACACCUUUGCUGUCUUGCGUAGUCCUUUGAAGGAGACGUAUGUGGUCUGUGAGAAUUAGAAUUUUUUUAGAAGAAAAAAAUUGCAAAAGAUCUUUCCAAAGAUACUGUGCCACAGAUCUUUUGUUCUCUGUAAUGAGGAUUAAAUGCUGUUUUUUAAAACAUGUAAUUGAUUUGUUCAUCUUCAAAUUCUUUUCACAAGCGAAUCGAGCUGUUACAAUAAAAUUAAUAAAACUUUAGAGAUAU